AUGGGUGACAAAAUCUACAGCGCCACAUAUAGUAAUGUGCCGGUGUACGAAUGCAAUGUGGAGGGCAAUCAUGUGAUGCGCCGAAGGUCUGACGACUGGAUCAACGCAACGCACAUCUUGAAGGUCGCCCAAUAUGAUAAGCCAGCUCGAACUCGAAUCUUGGAGCGAGAAGUGCAGAAAGGUGUGCAUGAGAAGGUGCAAGGAGGGUACGGCAAAUACCAGGGCACGUGGAUUCCUCUGCCUGAUGGUAGAUUGCUGGCGCAGAAGAACAGCGUGCUGGACAAGCUCCAGGCGAUCUUCGACUUUGUGCCAGGCGACAGAAGUCCGCCGCCCGCUCCGAAACAUGCCACCGCUGCGUCUUCAAAACCUCGCCAACCUCGUGCUCCAGCGCAGCCGCGCCGGCAACCUGGUAAGAAGAUCGCUAACCAACCAGCUGCCAGCGGGACUAAGACGCGUGCAGUCUAUGCUACGGUGCCUGAUUACGAGCAAGCAGACACCAGUAUGAUGGAUGGCGAUACGCCUGAUAACAUCACCAUUGCAUCUGAAUCAGCUUUCGACGACUUCGACCACCAGGACGGCUAUCACACCGGCUCCCGCAAGCGUCGUCGAGUGGAAGACACGAUGACUCAGGCCGACAAGGAGCAUCAACUCUGGGCCGAAGAACUCAUGGACUACUUUGUGCUUCAGGACGAUCCUCAAGAUUCUCUCCCCACCGCGCCUCAACCCCCUCCAUCUGUUGACCUGAACCGCCCGAUUGACGACAAAGGCUAUACUGCUUUGCACUGGGCCGCAGCCAUGGGCGAUAUUGAGGUCGUCAAGGAUCUCAUUCGGCGCGGAGCCAGCAUAGACGUUCAGUCCAAAAACGGCGAAACACCUCUUCUGCGAGCUGUUGUCUUCACCAACAAUUACGACAGCCAAAACAUGGCCAAGCUGGCGGGUCUCCUCAUUCGUACAGUCAACAUGCAAGAGUGGUUCGGAAGCACGGUGUUCCAUCACAUCGCCAACACGACGGAGCGGAAGAGCAAAUACCAGUGCGCGCGAUACUACCUGGACUGCAUCCUUGAUAAGAUGUCGGAUGUGCUUCCUCCCGGUGGUAUCGAGAACGUACUCAAUAUUACCGAUCACAAUGGUGACACCGCCAUCACCAUUGCAGCUCGGAAUGGUGCUAGAAAGUGCGUCCGCAGCUUGAUUGGCCGAAAUGCAGCUGUCGACAUCCCCAACAGGAGCGGGGAGACCGCGGAUCAAUUGAUCGUGCAGCUCAAUCAUCGUCGACAAGAGCGUACCAACAACCGGCAGCUCUCGUCAUCUCCAUUUCAGGCCGACUCCAGUGGCAUCCCGAUCGAUCCUCUCAUCUCCCAGCAAUCGCUCAAUGGUACUUCACGAGGUCUGGAGCACAGCGCCGAUGUGUACCGGUCCGAGGCUGCGCUCGCACUUACUUCUUCCAUCAUGCCAGUACUGUUCAACAAAGCGAGAGAUUUGGCAAGCAGUAUCGAUGCCGAGAUUGCGGAGAAGGACGCGGAACUGGCUGAGGCCGAACGCGUGGCUGCUCUGCGUCGACAGGAAAUCGACGCCUUGAAGCGACAGGCAGAGGAGCUGCGACAGAAGGAGGCAGAAGCCGCCAGCAGGGGAGAUGAGCGCGACGAGGAGCUAAUAGCUGAGUUGCAAGAACUCAUCGCCGAGUGCGAAGGCUUGACAGAAGACGAGCAGGAUCUUGCACUCAAGGAGCUGCUCAGUGAAGAGGAACGCGCACUUGAACACGCACCACAGGACGACAUCUUGAUGGACGACGACGAUGACGAGGAAGGCAAUUCGGUCAACCACAAAAUGAUGCUCGUACGCGAGCUGCAAGAUCUUAUGCAGCAGCGUAAGACUCUGUUCAAGACGAUUGUGCAAAAUCUCUCGGUGGCUGGUCUGGGCGACAAACAGGGGGAGUACAAACGUCUCAUCACUGGUGCUUUGGGAGUCAAGGAGGAAGACGUCGAGAGCAUGCUUCCGGAGAUUGUGGCGGAGCUCGAGGACUGGCAGCUGGACAACGUCAACGCGGUAUAGGGUACUGAUGGCAGUUGUUCAACGUGUCCUCGUCACCGACC